AUGGAUGCCAUCCAGGACAGAACUGCCGUAAAUUCACGGCUGGUUCGAUAUGACAUGGGCGAGGCGGAACACACACGCCAGCCCAAUGCCGUCGUUAGGUUCCGACAGGCAAAGGCCGAUAGCAAAGAGGCAAAGAACUUCUCUGCAGUACCAGAUGGGACUGGGGCGGGUGUCACGUUCAGCGAAGCCGAACGCGACAUCACGAAUGCAACCUCGAAAGAGGUUGCAGUUGUUGUUGGCGAACUGCUCAUUACAGCACCAAGUGGGAACGGCAUAGUGGCCACGCAAGAGUUUACCCAUAAAGUUGUGGCAAGAAUCUUUGACGCCCGCUGUGUCUUGUCAAUCCUCGUCAACAAGGUUGACAACCUCGCUCAGCUGGCACCCCUUCCUUCAAACAGGUUGGAUAACCAGAUCUUCUUCUAUCCCGAGUUUUCACAAGGGAUAUCCAGGACUCAAACGACCAGGAAAAUCACCAGGAAAAUGAUGUGGAAGAGAAGCAUCACUGAGUUCAAAGAACAAAUCAAGGGAACUCUCAUCGAUAGUCAUCGCCAUGCCCGUCAUAACGACGAAGAACUCGACUCUUCUUCAUCGUCAACCGAAACUUCUCGCGCGACUAAUGACAUCGUACAUCUAAGGGCCAUAAGAAAGCACAUACACAACUCGCGCAACUCGCAGCUCAGCGAUACCGAGCUGCGCAAAAUGCAGCUCCUAGCUGUGAUUAACAAAAUAUUCGACAUGGAAAUUCAGUUUACCCUUAAAGAUGCAGAGGCAGCAUCUGCUGCCUGUAUAGAACUCUGGAAACCCCCAAAGGAGAUUUUGUUUCACCACACCUAUCUAUUCGCACUCUCAGCUGCUAUCUAUGAAGGGGCACUUGGCCAAUAUGUCGUGCACUAUGAUGAUUACAGGGUCUUUAUUGGCUAUUUUUGUCAACACAUCGGCGAGAGGUCUGCAAAGAUAGAUAGGGUGGUUAAUGAUGCCAUUGUUAUCACGAAGCUGACGUCCGGCAACCGUACCGAGCUUCUAGAGAAGUUGAGCACCACAUUUGACCCAAUGGAUGCCGGCGAUAUCAUCGAUCAUAUCGCUCAGAGGCUCUCUCUGAAAGACGGAGGGAAGAGCGGUGGCAAGCAGCACUCUGGUGCCCGUGCUGUCGUUGAAAGUUUUAAUGAUGCUCGUCCUGUCUCGAACAGCCUGUGUCCCGUUGUACUCCUUAAUUGGGAAUUUGAAGAUAUCCUCUUCAAGGGCCUUGCGAGUCAAGGCCUCGCCAACGACAUCGAGGAGCAGGAGAGAUGCCGACAUCACUACGAUGCCCUCUCCGGGGUAGUCGGUUGCGAUCUCUUUAAGAGUAGUCAUGAUGGCCGUAACUCGAGGGGAGAAGACGUCACUGGAAUCAGCGUUCUGUAA